GCGCCUGCGGACCAAUAGAAAUGAUAAAGGACGCAUUUAGCCGUGCGACGGCUGUUUUUAGUGGGUGACGUCAUAUUUUCGCGCCUAAGCUUCCGGUUCUGUUUGAAGCGUCGUUUCUUGUCAUCUAUUCCCGGACUCGAUCGCAAUAAAGCAUGUCUCUGGCAGAUGAGUUACUGGCUGACCUGGAGGAGGCAGCGGAGGAAGAAGAGGAGAACUUAAUAGAUGAGGAUGACUUAGAGACAAUAGAAGAAGUACAGGAGGAUAUGCAAGUGGACCUAAACGCGGAGUCCGUGAAAAGUAUAGCAAAGUUAUGGGACAGUAAACAGUUUUCAGAAAUUCUGCUCAAGAUUGAUGAAUAUGUCAAAAAACAACCAAAGGAUUCUGAAGUUUUGGGACCUGUGGAAGCAGCUCCAGAAUAUAAAGUGAUCGUUGAUGCAAACAACUUGACUGUAGAAAUUGAAAAUGAAUUGAAUAUAAUCCACAAGUUCAUCAGAGACAAGUAUUCAAAGAGGUUUCCUGAGCUAGAGUCUCUGGUUCCAAAUGCCUUGGAUUACAUAAGAACAGUUAGGGAGUUGGGAAACAAUUUGGAUAAAUGUAAAAACAAUGAAAAUCUUCAGCAAAUUUUGACUAAUGCAACGAUCAUGGUUGUCAGUGUGACUGCCUCCACUACACAGGGACAGCAGCUGACCAAUGAGGAAUUAGAACGCAUUGAAGAAGCAUGUGACAUGGCGCUGGAACUAAACCAGUCUAAACACAGGAUCUAUGAGUAUGUGGAAUCUCGCAUGUCCUUUAUUGCUCCCAAUCUCUCCAUCAUUGUUGGGGCAUCCACUGCAGCUAAAAUUAUGGGUAUUGCUGGUGGUCUUACAAACCUCUCGAAGAUGCCGGCCUGCAAUAUCAUGCUACUUGGAGCUCAAAGAAAAACCUUAUCUGGCUUCUCUAGCACAUCUGUCCUACCUCAUACAGGAUAUAUCUAUCAUAGUGACAUUGUCCAGUCAUUACCUUCGGACUUGCAUCGUAAGGCAGCACGGUUGGUGUCUGCAAAGUGCACCUUGGCAGCACGAGUAGACGGUUUUCAUGAGAAUCCAGAUGGAAAGGUCGGCUAUGACCUAAAAGAGGAGAUUGAAAGAAAGUUUGAUAAGUGGCAAGAACCUCCCCCAGUCAAACAGGUAAAACCUCUGCCAGCACCUCUUGAUGGGCAGAGAAAGAAACGUGGAGGCCGCAGGUACCGAAAAAUGAAAGAGAGACUUGGACUGACAGAAAUCCGAAAACAGGCUAAUAGGAUGAGCUUUGGAGAGAUUGAAGAAGAUGCAUAUCAGGAAGAUUUAGGCUUCAGCUUAGGACAUCUUGGAAAGUCUGGAAGUGGAAGAGUACGGCAAGCACAAGUUAAUGAAGCUACCAAGGCCAGAAUCUCCAAAACGUUACAGCGUACACUUCAAAGGCAGAGUAUGGUUUAUGGAGGAAAGUCCACAGUAAGAGACAGAUCUUCAGGUACUGCGUCAAGUGUCGCCUUUACUCCUCUCCAGGGUCUGGAGAUUGUUAACCCACAAGCUGCAGAGAAGAAGGUAGCUGAGGCAAAUCAGAAAUACUUUUCCAGCGUGGCAGAAUUCCUGAAAGUGAAGCAUGAAAAAAAUGGCACAAUGACACAAUGAAGAUGCAAGUUUCAUGUGUUGUAUUCAUUGGGAACUUGUCUGAAUGUUGCACUGAACACCUAUUGACUGUGGGUUAGAUCAACACCUGCCAGAAACAGGGACAACAUAAUGGGUACUGCAGGAUGUAAAUUAAAUUUUUUU